GACGACAUCCUGGAUGUGAAAACACUGAGGGACCAGCUUACACCCAGGGACUCUCCUUUUGUAAGGGACAACAAUUCCGGAGGUGGCUUUGUGGGAGACAAGGAUUUGGUGGCUUUGGAGGUGUCGCGCUAUGAGAGCGAUGAAUCGUCAGGAGCGGGGUGUGUGGGCAUCUACAACUCGAUGGACGGCACUUGCAUGCCGCUGCCUCCCUGGGCGCGCCGCUCUGGCCCCAGAAAGACCAUCUACCACGACCCCCAAACGGUCACGGCGGCUGUGGUGACAUGCGGAGGGCUGUGCCCAGGGCUGAAUGAUGUCAUCCAGAACAUUGUGUUCACGCUGCUGGAUUACGGGGUCCAGGAAGAUGCGAUUUACGGGAUCAAGUACGGGCUGCGCGGAUUCUACGACCGCAAUGCGAAGCCCGUAGAGCUGAACGCGCGCACAGUGGAAGGCAUCCAUCUCAGAGGGGGAACCAUCCUGGGCACAUCGAGAGGGGGAGCAGAUGUGAAGGAAAUCGUGCGGCGGCUGUCUCUGUGGGGAGUCAACAUGCUAUUCGUCGUGGGAGGGAACGGCGGCAACGCAGCCGCGAAUGCAAUCCAGGAGGAGUGCGAAGCGAAGAAUGUGGUGUGUACUGUCGUCGGCGUCCCAAAAUCCAUCGACAAUGACAUCCUGCUGAUCGACAAGUGCUUUGGGUUUGACACGGCCGUGGAGGAGGCGCAGCACGCGCUGCUGGCAGCCAAGGUGGAAGCUUCCAGCGCCUCCAACGGCGUCGGCCUCGUGCGACUCAUGGGCCGCCAGUCCGGCUUCAUCGCCAUGCAAGCCUCCAUGGCCUCAGGCGUGGUGGACAUCUGCCUGAUCCCGGAGAUAGAGUUCUGCGAGGAGAAGCUGAUGGCCAGCAUCCAGGCGAUCAUCAACCGCAAAGGGCACGCCGUCGUGUGCGUGGCCGAAGGCGCCGGCCAGACUCUGCUGGAGACCAAAUGCCACGCCACCGACGCCAGCGGCAAUCCAAUUCUGGCGGACAUCGGGAUCUUCCUGCGCGACCGCAUCAAGGCCUUGAUCAAGGGAGCGGACGUGAAGCUGAUAGAUCCCUCCUACCUCAUCAGGGCAGUCCCAACCAAUCCCAAUGACCGCAUCUAUUGCAAGAUCUUGGGCCAAGGUGCCGUCCACGGAGCGUUUGCCGGCUUCACAGGUUUCACUGUGGGCCUCGUCAAUACUCACUAUGUCUACCUCCCAAUCCCAGUUAUCAUCCAGGCGGCUCGCACAGUGGAUCCAAAGGGAAGGAACUGGAAUCGGCUGAAGACCGCCAUCAACCAGCAGGAUCUUGAGUGA